AUGUCCCUUCCAGAAUCCUUCGAUUUAACUGCUGACGAUGCCAAAUUGUUGUUGGCUGCCAACGUCCACUUAGGUGCUAAGAACGUUCAAGUCCGUAACGAACCAUACGUUUACAAGACUCGUCCAGAUGGUGUCAACGUUAUCAACGUUGGUAAGACCUGGGAAAAGAUUGUUAUGGCUGCCAGAAUCAUUGCUGCCAUUCCAAACCCAGCUGAUGUUGUUGCCGUCUCUUCCAGAACCUUCGGUCAAAGAGCUGUCUUGAAGUUCGCUUCUCACACUGGUGCUACCGCUAUCGCUGGUAGAUUCACCCCAGGUUCUUUCACCAACUACAUCACCAGAUCUUUCAAGGAACCAAGAUUGAUCAUCGUCACUGACCCAAGAACCGACGCUCAAGCCAUCAAAGAAUCUUCUUACGUUAAUAUUCCAGUCAUUGCCUUGUGUGACACUGACUCUCCAACUGAAUUCGUUGAUGUUGCUAUCCCAACCAACAACAAGGGUAAGCACUCUAUUGGUUUGAUCUGGUACUUGUUGGCCAGAGAAGUCCUCAGAUUGAGAGGUACUUUGCCAACCAGAUCUGAACCAUGGUCUGUCAUGCCAGAUUUGUAUUUCUACAGAAACCCAGAAGAAGCUGAACCAGUUGCUGAACCAACUGCUGAAGUUGAAGAAACCGAAGAAGCUGCUGAACCAGCUGCUGAAGCUGUUGCCGACUGGUCUGCUCAACCAGAAGAAGCUGACUGGAGUGCUGCCCCAGGUGAUGCUGGUGACUGGGCUGAAUCUACUGAAAACGCUAACGCUCAAUGGUAA